AUGGAGUCCUCCACUGGGUCUGGUUUCCACAUCCUCCCUCCCGUCCAGGAUAGACCAGACCCGGCCCUCAACAAGGAUUCAAACACACAGGAAACGCUGCCGCUGCUCUCAGGCCUGGUGCACGGUGCGUCCUCGGUGUUCGUGGUGAGAGACGGCAACGGGACAGCCUGCGUCAUGGCCAGCUUCUCUGCUGCCUUCUCAACCGUGUACGACACCGCCGGGGGUCCUAAGAAUGCCACCUUCAGCCUGCCUUCUGACGCACACGUGCUGAAUAGCAGCUUCUGUGGUAAAGGGGGUGCUUCUGAUUCCACCCUCAUGAUCGAGUUUGGAGGAGGACACACACUGACCCUCAAUUUCACCAGAAAUGCCACACAUUACAAUGUCCAGCUGAUGAGUUUUGUUUAUAACUUGUCAGACGUACAGAUCUUCCCCAAUGCAAGCUCCAAGGGAACCCAGACUGUGGAGUCCACGCCGGACAUCGUGGCGGGCAUGAACACGAGGUACAGGUGUGUGAGCAGCAGCCAGGUCCACAUGGGCAGCAUGACCGUUACGCUGUGGGACACCACCAUCCAGGCCUACCUGCCCAGCAGUGGCUUCAGCAAGGAGGAGACGCGCUGCGAGCGGGACAAGCCUUCACCGGUCACCCCGACGGCGCCGCCGGCACCUCCACGCCCCUCGGUGACCAGGUACAAUGUGACCGACGGCAACAGGACCUGCCUGCUGGCCACCAUGGGGCUGCAGCUGAACGUCACCUACAGCCGGAAGGAUAACACGACUGUGACCAGAGAGUUCAACGUCAACCCAAACAAGACCACGUUCAGCGGGAGCUGCACCGCCCAGCUGGUGACCCUGCUGCUCCAGAGCGAGGGCCUGGCCCUCCUGGCCUUCCAGUUUGGGAUGAAUACGAGCUCCAGCCAGGUUUUCCUGCAAGGGAUCCAGCUGAACAUGACUCUGCCUGACGCCAGAGACCCCACCUUCGGAGCCGCCAACAGCUCACUGAGGGCGCUCCAGGCUGCUGUCGGGAACUCCUACAAGUGUAACGCGGAGCAGCGCGUGCAGGUCACCGAGGCCUUCUCCCUCAACAUGUUCAGAGUGUGGGUCCAGGCCUUCCAGGUGGAUGGGGACAAGUUUGGGCCUGUGGAGGAGUGCCAGCUGGACGAGAACAGCAUGCUGAUCCCCAUCGCCGUGGGCGGCGCCCUUGCAGGGCUGGUCCUCAUCGUCCUCAUCGCCUACCUGAUUGGCCGGAAGAGGAGCCACGCUGGCUACCAGACCAUCUAGCCGCCCGCCCACGCACCAGCGAUGGCUGCAGAGGGAGGGAGGGGCCCACUUCCUUGCAAACUGGUUUUCAAACCUGCUUUAUCCAAUGUGAGGUUUAUCCAGCAGCAUUUACUAUGCACAAGAGCAGCCACGGAAAUGAUGGUGUUACCUUUGCUAACUGGGUUAAGUAUUUUGCUAACUGGUUAAAUGUUGAUAUUUACCAAAGUAGACUCUAAGGGGGGCGGGGGGUAGAGUGCUUUUCUACACGGGCACUGGCUCCACUUCGUUCAGCUUCUCAGAUUCUGGUGUUCGGUCUCCUCACUCAGGUUUAGGCCUUAUAGCAGGAGGGUGUCCAGUCCUGACACCUGCCCAAGGGCGGCUGUGGCCACGAGGCUGGCGUGCUGAGAAGGCAGUGGAGGACGAGUCUAGGCCAGCAGCACAGGAGACGAAGACCUGGGGUGGGAGCCAGGGUGGGCCUGGCCCCUCGAGUGUCAGGGUCCGGGUCCUGUCCCCACGCUCUGCUGCUCAAGAGCUGGUACUUUUUUAAAUAGGAGAAAAUGGGUGUUAUUUUACUUUUUUGUCAAGUGGUUUUCAGGCUUCUGUUGGAGGUUGGGGUGACCUUGUCGCACUGUGUACAGUAAUCGUUCAGUCUGAUUUAUCGCUUGCAGCUCAGUGGGCUGUGCACUGAGGGUCCGUCCCGUCCUGGGACGCGAGGCUGCAACAAUGCUAAUAAAGCGUCUUUUUGUUCA